AUGGGAGGUUACGGAAUGGGAGGAUAUGGAAUAGGAGGUUAUGGAAUGGGAGGUUAUGGAAUGGGUUCAUAUGGAUAUGGUGGUUACGGUGGUGGUAGUAGUUGUUGUAUGGGGGGAUCAAUGUAUGGGAUGGGAUAUGGAAUGGGAUAUGGGAUAGGAGGAUAUGGUGGUUUUGGUGGAGGAUGUUGUGGAGGCUAUUUUGGUUAA